CACCAACAGAAAAACCUUCCAAUAACUUCCUAUGAGCCGCCCGAGAGCAGCAGGAAGGGGAGAGUCGGCUGAGCUCGGUUUGAGACCCGGGGAUUGAGCUCUGGGAGCAGCGGCUGCAGCGACUCAGUUACACGGGGAAUAAUCGGCAUUCCUUGAGCCGCACACACAAGUGAUCUGUAACACUCCAUGACGUCUCGGGGGGGAUUGCCUCUUCCAGUUGGGAGCCCAAUGAACAUGAUGCGGGGACCAAACCCUGGAGCCUACAGGACCCCCAUGGGCCCUUACCAGAGACCAGGUAUGCUUCCAGGCUCCCGAAUGCCAAUGGCCGGCAUGCACAUGGGCUCCCCCAUGCUUCCUCUGUAUGGUGGGGGUUCUCCUAUGAGACCUGCCAUGAAUCCAAUGAUUAUGGAGCCAUUUAGGAAGAGGCUGCUCACCCCACUGGGACACUCCCCUGGGCCGAGCCAGCGUAGGGGAGUUAAGCGAAGAAAGAUGGCCGACAAGAUCUUGCCACAGAGGAUCCGUGAACUGGUGCCAGAGUCUCAGGCCUACAUGGACCUCUUGGCAUUUGAGAGGAAGCUGGAUCAGACUAUAGCUAGGAAGCGGAUGGAGAUUCAAGAGGCCAUCAAGAAGCCCCUCACGCAAAAGCGCAAACUAAGGAUUUACAUCUCCAACACGUUCACUCCAGCCAAGCCCGACGGGGAAGAGGCUGAAAGAAUCAGCUCUUGGGAACUCCGAGUGGAAGGGAAGCUUCUGGAAGACCCCAGCAAACAGAAGAGGAAGUUCUCCUCCUUCUUCAAGAGUCUGGUUAUUGAGUUGGAUAAAGACCUGUACGGGCCGGACAAUCAUCUGGUGGAGUGGCACAGAAUGGCAACCACGCAGGAGACCGAUGGUUUUCAGGUGAAGCGCCCUGGAGAUGUCAGUGUGAAAUGCACUUUGCUCUUGAUGUUAGACCACCAGCCCCCGCAGUAUAAGUUAGACCCUCGUCUUGCACGCCUGUUGGGUGUUCACACUCAGACCCGUGCCAACAUCAUGCAGGCUCUCUGGCUCUACAUCAAGACCAAUAAACUGCAGGACAGCCACGAGAAGGAGCUUAUCAACUGCAACCGCUACUUCAGACAGAUUUUCAACUGCCUGCGCAUGAAGUUCUCUGACAUUCCAAUGAAGCUGGCGGGAUUGUUACAGCACCCGGACCCCAUCAUAAUUAAUCAUGCCAUCAGUGUGGACCCCAAUGACCAGAAGAAGACGGCGUGCUACGAUAUAGAAGUUGAGGUCGAUGACCCUCUGAAGGGGCAGAUGAGCAAUUUUCUCGCUUCCACCACCAACCAGCAGGUGGCGCUGUUGUAACAAAAUUCAUUCAUAUUAACAGCACAUGUAUCUCUUAAUAUUUUAGAAUUAAAAAAGAUAAAUUAAUGUAAAUGACAAAAGUGCUUAGAAUAACACUCAUCAUUUUUACAUUCACUUAUUUUUAAGGUUUACUUAUCCUUUAUUAAAGAGACUUUGCACUAGUUAAUAUCAGCAGCAGCAUGCCUUCUGUGACGGAGAAGAGCAUUAAGGAGCUUGCUGCUCAUUUAGCCUUUAAACAGUUUCCUAUUCUGGAAUGUUUUUGGGGACAGGAACUGGGGUUGCUGUGAAUGUGUUUAAGGGGCAGCCGGGUUGCAGCCUAUAGCCAUAUGUUUUUGUUUCCUCAGGGCAAUUUUCCUUUUUUUUUUAUCUAUGCAGAAAACUUAGUAUAGGACCAAAUUCACAUCAUCGUGCUUUUCGGGGUUUUGAAAAGAGCAAGUAACACCGGUAAAUGAAAAUAUGCACGGUCUUCAUCUUUAAAAGUGUAUUUUUCUAAGGUUUCGCAGAAGACAACGGCCAAUUUGCCACGUCCAGGACUUAAAAAUAUAUGGGUUGGGCCAAUCAACUCAAUCGUUUACUGGUUUGGUGUUUACUUGUCCUUUAACCCAGAUAAGAACGCGGGUCGUAGAUGUUCUACAGUUUCUAUUCGCUUGUUAAGAUUUAUUGUUGGCAGAUUGUAGUACAGAUAUUGCCAACUUGCUGAACUACCCCAUAUCUGAUACUGAUGCUGGGAAUUAUGUUCUGCAGCACCUGAAGUCACCCACUACUUUUUUUUAAAGGAUAAGUAAAGCUUUAAAAUAAGUGAAUGUAAAACUGAUGAAAGUCCUAUUCUAAGCACUUCUGUAAUUUACAUUCAAUAUUCAUCUUUUAAUUUGAAGAUAUUAAGGGAUACAUGUACUGUUAAUAUGAAUGAAUUUGGUUACAACAGCGCCACCUGCUGGUCAGUUUCCCACCAGUCUGACCACCAAGUAGUCAAGGAAGUUGUCAGGAGAAAGAAAGAGGCUGCUCUGAUGUUCUUCUGCUUAGGAAAGAUGUGAGAAAGGUUCUUCUGCUUCGGAAUAAAAUUAGAAACCUUUCUCACAUCUUUCCUAAGCAGAAAAACAUCAGAGCAGCCUCUUUCUUUCUCCUGACAACUUCCUUGACUACUUGGUGGUCAGACUGGUGGGAAACUGACCAGCAGGUGGCGCUGUUGUAACAAUUCAUUCAUAUUAACAGUACAUGUAUCCCUUAAUAUCUUGGAAUUAAAAGAAAACAAAUCAUGAAUGUACAUUGCAAAAUUUCUUAGAACAGUCAGUUUUACAUUCAUGUAUUUUAAAGUUUUACUUAUCCUUUAAGGAUCUCAAAACAAUCUUUCUGGGUGUCCCUACCCAAGCCAUGAUUAUACCUAUGCUGUUUACAGACACAGAGCUUGGGGAGCUGGGGCUGAAUGUACUUCAUUACUAAAUGUUUUUGUUGGCACAACUGUUUCAAUGUGUAAUAAUAAAGUUUUUUUUAAAGUU